AUGACCGAUCCCAACGUCCCACGCGCCGUCUCAGCCUUCGUCGCCGCCCUUCCUAAGGUCGAACUCCAUGUCCAUAUCGAGGGCACUCUGACUCCCGCCCUCCGCUGGCGCCUCGCGCAAAAGAAUGGCAUCGCGCUCUCCUACAAGACGUACGAGGCCCUCCUCGCCUCGUAUGCGACCAUGUACAACCACCGGCGCGAGCUGCACGGCGACAAUGGCCUCCCGACGUUCCUCGAGGCGUACUAUGGGGGGAUGGAGGUGCUGAGAACGGAGGACGACUUCUACGAGCUGGCGAUGGAGUACUUCGCAAAGGCGGCGGAGAUGAAUGUGCGUUACGCGGACCCGUUCUUCGACCCGCAGGCGCAUACGCGAAGAGGGGUGCCGCUCGGGGACGUGAUGCGUGGCUUCGAGCGCGCGGGCAGGGAUGCGAAGGAGAAAUAUGGCGUCAAUGUGGGCUGGACGAUGUGUUUCCUGCGCGAUAUGCCUCCGGAGGAUGCGCUAGCGACGUAUGAGGCGGCGGUGCGGGACUUUGGGGGCGUAUUUCACGCGAUCGGGUUGGACAGCAACGAGUACAACCGGCCUCCGCGGCUGUUCGCAGAGGUCUUCCAACGCGCGAGGGCGGAUGGGUACAAGAUCACCGCACACUGUGACGUCGGGCAGAAAGACACGCACGAGCACAUCCGGGAGGUCGCGACUAGCUGCAUGGGAGGAGUCGAGGGCGCCGAUCGUAUCGACCACGGGCUGAACGUUGCGGAUCAGCCUGAGCUCCUCGUGCUAGUCAAGGAGCGAGGGCUGGGACUGACGCUGUGCCCACACGCGUACCACCGCCGGCUGCCCACGGACUGGGUGUUCGGGAGCAUAAAGAAAGUCUGGCAAGCCGGAAUUCCAUUUAGCGUCGCGAGCGACGACCCGACGUACAUGCAUCAGCAGUGGGUGACGGAGAAUCUGGGCAAGGUGAUGCAUUACUGCGGCUUCCAGGAGAAGGACAUGGUGAAGAUUCAGCGCGAUGGGGUCGCUAUGUCAUGGGCGUCGGAGGAGGUGAAGGAGGCCAUAUUUCGAGAGUUAGAUAGGUUCGAGAAGCAGUGUAGCAGCUAG